UAUUGAAUAUACGGGUGAUUUGAUUGAAGUAACUUGGCUCUUGCUAUUUAUUUCAUGUUUUUUUUUUUGCAUUUAUUAAAUCAUACAGAGCGUGCUAAUUUCCAUACAUCCGGGAUACUAACAUGUGUAAGGAAUAAUAGUUGUGUCUCGUAAGCAACAGUAGUAACUUGCAGUAACCCAGACCAGCUUCUUAAAGUGAAAGUGAAAGAAGAAAUGCAAGUGAUCGAUGAUGACCCACUUUUCACGAUAACAUCUAAAAAAAUCCUGCAAGAAACUUUCCAAAAUCUUCCUGAAGACUGUUAAUUUUUUAUUAGAUAUAUAAUUAUUUUUCACUUAGUAAUAAAGACAGUUCGGAGCGGUAACAGUGGAAGAUGCGAACCAAGCGAGAGAGAAACAAAAGACGGAAUUAGCUAUUUAUUUAUAUUAAUUAAUUAGUGUAAUCCAUUGUAACUGUUAUUAUUUCAAGUUAUCACUAUAUACUCUCAUAAACGCAAAUAACGAUAUGAAUUUUAUGUUAAACGCUAUAUCCGAUGCUUAAAUCACUAUUUAUUCAAUUUAUUUAAUCGAUACAUUAUUUAAUUAAUCACAAGAAUAUGAUAACUAUAAUAAGAAAAUAAGGGUGUGAUAUAGUCGGUUGAAGCAUUUGACGGACCAUGGACAAUAUGGCGUCGAAUGUGACCUUGAGAAGCAAUAAACAGAGGAAAGAUAACCUGAUCACGAGGAAGCAGGAUAAGUCCCCCGAGAAGACGAUCAGGGGGACGAGAGGGGCGUACAGGGGGAUUCCGUCUACUUCGAAAAGAACCGAAGAUGAGAACGAGACGGGCUCUACGGAAAGACUGGAUAGACCAAAGAAAUUCAUAUCACAGAACAAAAGCAACUAUGGGUUAGGCAAGAGGCCCGACUUCUCUCUCAAGAACAGGAACGUGCAUUUAGCUUCGUCUCGGUAUGGACAGAUGACAUCAGGGCUGCACAGCCACGGACAUCAGAUCUCCCAGCCGCCAGGACAUCAUCUGGAGUCAGCCACCGUCCUCCCAGCCAAGGAGAAGACCGUGCACGGGAAAGAGAAGACCUUCAAGGUGGUGGUCGGCAGUGAGGUGGGCGUGAUGAAGGCACCUCUAGUGGGCCCCCGGCCGUACAACGCGCUCGCCAUCAUACAUACGCAGCAGAGUAACACCUUCGAUAUGCUGAAUUCGCUCACCACUAGUGUUGCUAGUCAACCAGUAGUAGGAGUGGGUGUUGGCGUAGGCGGUUUUCAUCGGCGCAGUUCCGGUCAGGGAGCUCUCUGCGACCCUGAGCUGGAUGACAGCGGCAACAAGCUGGUGGCCAGGCUCGAAGACGACGCUUUUAUCUCCGAACAGGAUCUGGAAGAGAACAUCGAGAUAGCAACGGCAACGGAGAAGCGAAUAUCAAAGACUGAUGCGUCCGGAGAAGAUCAGCCGCAGGAACCACAGAAUGGCCUGGUGUACGGUCCUAUCUACGAGCUGGAGAAGUUGGAGCAGAAGGACAAGCAGAAGGAGGAUAAGGAGGACGAGGAGGAACCCAUCGGAGUCUCGCCUUGUGGCAGGUUCUUCAAGUACGACAAGGAGGUGGGUCGGGGCUCGUUCAAGACUGUGUACCACGGCCUCGACACGCAGACUGGAGUUGCUGUUGCUUGGUGUGAACUAUUGGAGAAAAAGCUAAACAAAACGGAGCGACUCCGGUUUCGAGAAGAAGCUGACAUGCUGAAGAAGUUACAGCAUCCCAACAUCGUGCGGUUCUACAACUACUGGGAGGGAACUGUCGCUAAGAAGAAGAAUAUCGUGCUCAUUACUGAGCUUAUGCUUAGUGGGACGCUUAAAGCUUAUCUCCGACGGUUCAAGCGCAUCAACCCGAAAGUGCUGAAGUCGUGGUGUCGACAGAUAUUGAAGGGGUUGAACUUUCUUCACUCGAGAACUCCGCCUAUUAUACACAGAGAUCUGAAGUGCGACAACAUCUUCAUCACGGGCACGACGGGCAGCGUGAAGAUCGGAGACCUCGGCCUCGCCACGCUCAAGAACAGGAGCUUCGCCAAGUCUGUCAUAGGCACCCCGGAGUUCAUGGCGCCGGAGAUGUACGAGGAGCACUACGACGAGUCGGUGGACGUGUACGCGUUCGGCAUGUGCAUGCUGGAGAUGGCCACGGGCGAGUACCCCUACAGCGAGUGCUCCGGGCCCGCGCAGAUAUACAAGAAGGUCGUCUCGGGUGUAAAACCUCAGAGUUUGGAGAAGGUCACCAUCACGGAGGUGCGAGAUAUCAUCGAGUCCUGCAUCAAGCCUAAUAAAACAGACAGGCCGAAAGUGAAAGACCUGCUAAACCACGAGUUCUUCGGCGAGGACAUCGGGCUCCGGCUGGAGAUCGUGGGCCGUGACCUCGUCACCUCCUCCGACAUCACCAAGAUACAGUUCCGGUUGAAGAUCAUCGAUCCUAAGAAACGGUCCUACACCCACAAAGAGAACGAAGCGAUCCAAUUCGAGUACGACAUGGAGAACGAUGACUGCGAGGAGGUCGCCAACGACAUGGCCAAGGUCGGCCUCAUCAUGGAGGAGGACGCCAGGAUCGUCACCAAGCUGCUCAAGUCACAGCUCAUCAGUCUUAACAGAGAGCGCAGCGAGAAGAAAGCGCAGAUGCUGUUCAACCAAGAAGUGAUCAUCGAGCAGAACAGGCAACAGCUUUACGAGCAGCAGUUAAGGCAGAUGAAGAUGAUACAGAACCAGCAGCAAGCGGGCCCCGUGGACCAGGUGAAGGCCGGACUCCUCAACGGAGUCGGACCCCAGCCUCUGGCAGGCGUACAACUAGACCCGCAAUCCCAGCUCCUGCAAUGCCAGCAGCAACUGCUGCACCAGCAGUUCCAACAGCUGAACAACGAGGAUGCAGCCAUGAAGCUGCUGCAGCAGAACUUCAUGCAGGCCAGGAUCUCCCCCUCCAUGGCCACCGACCAGCAGAUCUUGCAGAAUAAGGUGUUUCUCGAACAGAAUUUGAAGCAACAGGUAAUGAUGGAGCAGAAUCUCAUCAACCAGCAAAUGCUGGAACAGUCAGUCCAAGGCCAGGUCCUCAUGGAGCAGCAGGUACAACAGAAUCUUCUAGAACAAACCCCCUCACAGGCGCAGCUGCAGCCGAACUUACUCAACCAGCAGUUAACCGCAGAAAUUAACAACCAAAACCAGGUUUUACAGCAACAAAUUAUUCAGCAACAACAGACUAUAAUAGCCCAACAAGCAGCCGCCAUACAGCAGAAACAGUUCGAAGAACAGCUCACAGCUCAGGACAACAUGAUGUCCGUCCCGCAGAAUCUCGUCACGGGCCAAAUGCUCGACCCCUCGCUACAGAACCUACAGAAUAUACUCGCUCAGAUCAUACAGAGGCCGGACACGCUACAGUCUAGGAAGGAGUCAGAAUCUGAAACGCAAUCCCAACAACCACAGCAACAGCAGCAACAACAAAUGACACAACAACCAAACGAGAACCUCGAAAUGCAACAGAACCAAGAGCAGGAAGCGUUGCAGCAACAAAUGCAGAAUCUAAUAGGCUCGCAGCGGCAGCAACAGAAUGUGAACUUUCAUCAAAGUCAACAGUUUGCCCAGCCGACGUUACAACAACUGGCUGUUGAUCCAACAUUCCUCGCGCAACAGCAACAAGUAGCGCAAGCCCAACAACAGGUCGCUCAAGCGCAACAACAGCUCGACAUGCAGAAACAAGUGUUGACGCAACAACAGCUGGUACUACAGCAACAGAUAAUAGGCCAGCAACAGCUACAGAUGCCUGGACAGACACUCUCUCCGCAACACUUCAGGCAUUUCCAACAACAACAACAAUAUCUAGCUCAGCAGGAACUACAACUUCAAACCCAACAGAACAUAAUCACACAGAACUGGGCGAUGCUGCUGCAAAAACAGCAAUUAAUGGAUCAGCAACAGCAGAAGGUGGAAGAGAUCCUUCGGUCGCAACGGCCGAUGUACCAGCGGCAGGGGUCAGAACAGAGUCAGAUCAGUUCGGCAGACGUACACGAUCAGCAACAAGUAAUUAUGCCGGACCAGUACGGACAGAAACCUCAGCUGCAGCAGCAGAUGUCGGUCGACCAGAUGCAUUACAACAAACAGAGGUCUGAUGACCACUACCACCAGCUUACCACGAUGCAGGGCCAGUCACUCCCGCAUAACAUGCAGAUGCAGCAGAACUUCAGCGUGGUGCAACAAAACGAGAGGCAGAUAUCUAGUCAUGAAGGCACUCCCGUGCAGAAUUAUACUGCCAAUCCGUUGCAAAUGUACCAGCAAGCGCAGAGCCAGCCUGUGCAAAUGAUGCCGAAUGUGUACCAGUCCAAUCAAAUGGAGUCUUCCAUACCGUCGUCUGUCGCUGCUUCCAUGCCUCAACAGAUGCCGCAAACUGUCCAAGAUCCGAUGCCGCAGAUGUCAGUUCCACAGUCAAUACCGCAGUCGAUGUCGUCGGUGCCGCAAUCGAUGCCCCAGUCAGUGCCACAAGCGGUGCACGCUGUGCCUCAGCCGGUGCACUCUGUGCCUCAGCCGAUGCACUCGGUGCCGCAAACGGUGCAGUCGAUACCGCAGCCUGUACAAUCAGUCCCUCAGCCGUCAACGCUGUCGCAUACAAUACAACAACAACCGCAACCGGUGCAGUCUAUUCCACAACCUGUGUCCGGUCAGGUGCAACAACAGAUACAGCCCAUGCAACAACAGAUGCAAACGUUGCCCUCGCAAGUUCAGCAGAUGCCGCAGCCGGUGCAAUCGCUCCCUCAGCCGUUACCCCCUCAACCUAUGCAGCAAAUUCCUCAAACGCAGCAGAUGCAGAUGCAACAAGACUUGGUGCAACAGCCGCAGCAGCUGAACUUGCCUUCGGAGCAGGUGGAGAAUGGGUACCAGAGCAAUGGGGGACAGAAGGAGCAGUUCCACACGCCUCUGACGGAGUUCCCCAACAACCAUGCUGAGGCUAUCCGCCAGCCUGAACUUAGCUCCGUUGAGGAGAAGCAGGGGGAGGCCCAGCAACAAGAAGCGGGUACAGCAAUAUCUUCUCCGAUAACGGGCGAGAAAAAGUCCCGGGGUUCGAAGAAGCGCUCCCGGGAGAAGGACAAGUUGCCCAAACUGACUGUCCUGGAGGUCAACGAGGCAGCCACGGUGGUGGAGUGUCAACUGGAGUCCAAGUCCAAGACUGUCACCUUCAAGUUCGAUGUCACUGAUGUUAAUCCUGAGGAGAUCGCUAGUAAUCUGGUAUCAAAUAACCUACUACCGGAAUGGCAGAGCGCGACGUUCAUGGAGCUGAUCAAGGACAUCGUGAGCCAGCUGCUCAGCAACCCCGGCGUCACGCCCGUGCUCAACCCUGCCCACCACUCCGCGCUCAGGCUCAAUAUCGAUAAGACUGACUACGACUCAGAAACAACAGAACGUGAGGAAAACCUAACAGACUCGAACCAGGACAACUCAGAAUGUACCACUCCCACCGCCAGCCACGACAAUAUCGCCGCCGAGCUGGCCUACGACUCCGCUGAGCCCGAGCCCGCCCCAGCCCCGGCUCCGGCCCCAGCCCCGGCGCCGGCUAUACCUUCACAUGUGGAUACUGUGGCGCGGAAGAUUAGCACUGCUUCUUCUAUAGGUUCCAAUCAAUCAGACGGCGGAUCAAUGGCGCCGGAACGCUCCGGCAGCACAGAGUCACAGAACGGCGAGAAGAAACAAUCCAAGCCCACUCGCAAGAUAUCCAGAUUUCUAGUCAGCCCCGUCGUCGACCGCGGGGAAAACGUUCCCGAGGACAAACCUGCUCCCGAGCCCAGCGAACCGAAGGAACCGCCCAAGGAACCGCUUAAAGAACCAGCUAAAGAACCGCCCCGGGAACCACAAGUCAAUGGCCUCCCGGAAAAGGAAGCUCCCCCCACUCUACCCCCACAAGAAUAUGUUCCUACUCACCAGUAUUCCGUACCAGCACAGAUACAGCCACCCGUAGACUUAAGACCUGAGAUCCAACCUGUCGAGCGACCUGUCGAAAGACCUGUAGAACGACCCAUCGAGGUCCCUCAAGAAGUCCCUGUAACGGUCACCAUGGUACCUGCUCCUAUAGUGUCCAACAUCCAGAGUAUACCACAAGUACCUGUGCAGAAUAUCAUCAAUCCUAUGCUAGCCGCUUCGAACCUGCAACCAAACUUAACAACACCUUUACAAAUUGCGACUGAUACGCCGUUAUUGGGGCUGAGUCAAGUGGGGACUCCGAUGGGGGUGGGUGGGGAUCUGGGGCUGAAUAUGGGGCUGGGGCAGGUGGGGCUGGGCAUGUCGACGCAGCAGACGUUGACUCCAACGCCGGGGGUGACGGAUGCUAUGCCUAAUGCUGAGAAUAUACAAAGGAUGCUGUUGAAACAGAAUAUUAUGAACCAGCAACAAAACCUAUCGGGGCCUAACCUUUUGGGUUUAUUGAACCAGCAACCGUACCCACAACCAGACCUCGGCCUACACAACACCAUACUCAAUAAUGCUCAACCAGCGCCGAUGAUGGCCGCCCGGCUGCCGGCGCAGUAUCCGCAGCAGAAGUACUACCAGCCGAUGCUCGCCAACGAUUUCAUUGGACUCAAUCCAAUCUUUCCAUCAUCAGCUCAGCAGCAGGCCCUGCAGUCUUCAGUAAACCAGCUGGCUUCGCAGCAGAUGAGCCAGCUCAACAUGAUGGGCCUAGGCCCGCCGCUGCCGCCUCAGGCCUUGGCCUUCCAGCACCAGAACAUAGCCCAGAAUUUAGCUCUCAACCAGAAUCUGAUGGGACAGAAUCUGGGUCAGAACUUGGGUAAUUAUACAGGUCUAGCAAGUCAAAACUUAGGAUUAGGCGGUCAGAAUCUCAUAGGUGGUCAGAACCUGGCUCUAGGCGGUCAGAACCUGGCACUGGGCGGUCAGAACUUGGGUCUGAUCAAUCAGAACUUGGGUCAGUUGGUGGCGCACAGGGCGGUGCAUCAUGCGUUGGCGAGGAGGGCUGUUGAUAUGGAUAUGGCAGGCAUGACGAACGUGAACUCAACAGGCUCGUCGCAGCCGUCGACGCCGAACAAACCGCACUCGUACAACGAGUACAUGCUCAAUCUGCAGCACAAGCUCGCCUCCAUAUCUAACAGCGGUCCCGUAUCACCGCAGUCUCCUUUAGAAUACAGCCCAGCGCUGUCACCAACACACCGACCGCCUCUACACAACAUGCCUAAGGUGUUGUCAGCGGAGGCCGGCGGUGCUGCGGAGACGGCGCCGGCACACAAGAGCCGGCACGCGGCGCAGCUCGCCGAGCUCGACCACGAGCUGUCCAAGAUCAGCCUGCACUACAAGCAUGCGCCGCCCAAGGAUGUGUUCAUAGAGCACAACGCGGAAGAGCAUGAAAUGCUCGCGGCGACCAUCAACGAUAGUGCAGUCAACACUUAUGAAGAUAAUAAACCUCAUAUUACUACGACGAACUGUGAACAUUGCCAUUCCGCUAUUCUACACGAAAUCAUCGCGUUUCUACAAGACAAGUUAAACUUAUUACAUGACGCUUCUUCUACAAAUAUCUGCAAGUGCAACAAGAAAGAGAUACAUGAAGAUAUGAAGAUUUCUAUCCAAUCUGGAAUUACAGAAAAACUAGAAAACCUUAGCAAUAGUAAGUUACAAGAUAUUGAGCAAUUACCCAAAGAAACUGAGCGAUUUGAAGAACAUAAUGACAAUAAAAUAACAUUACUUCAAGAAGAUGUCACCAAACUACUAAAUAACAUAUCAGAUCUCGAAACAGAAGUUCUAAUUAUUAGCAAAAAACUAGAAGCAUUUGAUAUACAGAAUAUUGAAUUAAAGAAAGAAGUUGCAUUACUUAGAAAUACCGUCAAUACUUAUAUACGACCAUAUAGAAAUUGUGAAAAAAAAUCUUAUGUUGAAAGAACAAGAAAUCAUAAAUAUCCUCAACCUAACAAUUGUGAUGAGAAACCUCUGAUGUCGUUGUUAUCAAAUAUUAUAGAAGGCAAAAACAAUUCCCUCGAUAAAGACACUCAAACACAGAGUAAUGGAAAUAUACCAUGUUUUGAAAAAGCUACUCUAAGAAUACAAAAAUCUCGCAAGAAGAAAUCUCGACAACCCAGAAUUUCAAAACAUCAUAAUUUGCCACCUCAAACCAAUGGAAUUGAUAAAAACAUCCUAAAUAAAGAAAAAGAAACAAAUAAAACUUCGUAUAUGAAACACAAUGAAUGUUUUCCAAAUAAUAUCCUUGAAAUGAAACUCAUAAUACUUCUAUAUAUCACUUAUUUAGACCUCUUCGGCGUAAGAUGACGAUGUCUUCCUAGCCGAUUAUCGGCCACGGCGGCUGAUCUCAUAUAAGGAGAUCAGCAAACUGCGCAGGACAUAUUUAUAGAAGUAUGGCUGGUGUGAGAAAGAAAGUUAAAGACUGGUACUCAGCUGCAGCCGGUUAGACUGGAAGCCGACCCCCAACAUAGUUAGGAAAAAGCCAGGGAGAUGAUGAUUAUGGUGUAAGAUAAAAAGCCUGUAUAAUGUAUGGCAAUAUUGCUUGAAUUUAAAACAGAGAAAUUGUACUGCUGGUUUACAGAAGUGACCAGAAGAUAUUUAUUAAUUUUGUGUGUAUAGUAAGCAAGAGUCUGAUUAGUACUUAAUGUUUGAUCACUAUUUAUAAGUUUUAUUUAAUGUAAAUAACGACUAAUUUGUAUUUAUUUUAUUGUAUGAGUUCAUGUUACCUGAAAUAAAGAAAAAUAAUAAAAUAAUUGAUUGUUUCACUGAUAUAUUGUUGAUUAAAUUUUGAAAUUGAAUGUGUUUUAUUCUACCCAAAAUAAAUAAUCCUUAUAGGGAGUAGAGUUAUCUUUGGAUAUGGCAAAAAUGUGGUGCUUACAAAGUAAAUAUAAGUUCUACCAAGUAAAGUUGAGAGUAUCUUAUAGUUAGUCGCAUAUUCAUGUCCUAGGGAACACCACUAUACCAGUACAUAUCAUACAUGCAUAUUAAGUAAAAGAAAACAUACCUUAAUUGCACAGAAAAAAGACAAAAAUUUUAAAUACAGAGAGAGGGCAAAAUACUUUUUUGCUUUUGACAUGAAUUGGCUCCGAAAUUACUGA